AUGAUGAUCUCCACUCUCGCAGGAACAGGCACCAGCCUAGCUAAAGCGAGCAUUAUCAUAGCUGGUAUCUCGGCUCUAAUAGCGUCACUACUGUCCCUUGUGUCCAUAUGGUUUCAAAUUAAAAACUACAGGAAACCUUUACUUCAACGAUAUGUCGUGCGCAUUCUGGUGAUGGUGCCGAUAUAUGCUAUCUCGUCGUGGACGGGUAUUGUGUCACUGAAGGCGGCUCAGGUUUUCGACCCCAUUCGCGACAUUUAUGAGGCAUUCACUAUCUUCACGUUCUUCCAGCUCUUGAUCAACUUCUUGAGUGGAGAACGAGCGUUGAUUAUCAUGGCUCAUGGUCGUCCUCCUGUUUCGCACGCAUGGCCAAUGAACCAUUUCUUACCGAAGGUCGACAUAUCCGAUCCCUACACAUUUCUAACGAUUAAACGCGGCAUUCUCCAAUAUGCUUGGCUGAAGCCUGUCCUUGCCAUCGUAUCUAUCGUGAUGAAGGCAACCGAUACCUACCAAGAGGGAUACUUGGGACUCACGUCUGGUUAUCUCUGGACUGGCAUUAUUUACAACAUUAGCGUCAGCAUCAGUCUUUAUUCACUCGCUAUGUUUUGGGUGUGCAUGUACGACGACCUCCUACCAUUUCGCCCGGUUCCUAAAUUCCUCUGCGUAAAAUUGAUCAUUUUUGCAUCAUAUUGGCAAGGCUUUUUUCUGGCAAUUCUACAAUUCUUGGGGGCGCUGGGACAUGUUGCGGGAUAUACACCCGACAAUCUCGCUGCGGCGAUUCAGAACACCCUCAUCUGUAUCGAAAUGCCGUUCUUUGCCAUUGCCCACUGGUACGCAUUCUCGUGGCAUGAUUAUGCCGACCCUACCAUUUCAUCUGCACGGAUGCCGGUCAAAUAUGCGCUGCGGGACGCUUUUGGAGCUCGGGAUUUGAUAGAAGACACCAAAAUGACUCUUCGGGGUGACAAUUAUGAUUAUCGAAUUUUCGAUUCGGGUGACAACAUCAUUGCACAUGCGGAUUCUAAGUCGCGGGUCAAGCGAACUAUGGAAGGAAUGAGAUACAAGCGAGGGGGCAAGGGAAAAUACUGGAUCCCAAAGCCUGGCGACAUUGCUAGAAGAGCGAGUGACCCGGAUAGUCACACUCCGCUACUUGGCGAUAAUAGUAUUUCUCGCAGUCGGACUGAACAGGGACGCCGCAGUUCAGCUGACGGAUCCACGUUUGGUGAGCUUGAAUGCACAUUAAACGACGACGACGAACGAUUGUUUGCCAAUGCUCGAGCGCAUGAGUUUGGAGACUGGAACUAUCCCGUUAUCACAGCUAAUGAAGUUCCGCGAGAUCAACAACUCUCUCUAAGUAGAAGCUAUCAACACGUCAGUACCGAAGACAAUGUGAAGAAGUCACGUUCGCACCGCAAAGGCCGAGCGUCGGGCAGCGAAAGCAGGCGAAACCACAAUGUCGGAUCAAGCAAAUCUAGCCCCAAAUCUACGAAGAGUUCCGACCGGCGAAAGUCCUUGCAGCGCAACCCUAGCUCCACAAACUCAAAUCAUUCUCAUCGCAGCCAGUUGGUCGAUCUCGUGGUAGAAAAUAUUGAAGCUGAAGAGGAGGAACGAGCUCAGGCCAUAAGAGAAUACGGCUCCGAUUGGCCAGGGGCUGCAAACAAACAAUUUACGCGCCCCUCUGGUGAGAAAAUUGAAGAAGAGGUUGAGGACAAAUCUACGGAAGCAUCGGCUGAGCCAGAAGCUCAAACAUCUACAUAUACAACUACCCAAAAUACCCGCUGGAACUACAGUGCCCUAGGUGACGAUAAUGUGUGGGACAAAUAG